CUGUAAUCUGCGAGUGUGACCACCACAGAAAAAUCGGACACGGACGCUGUGUGUACCUAACGUACUAUAAUUGUUCUGUUACUACUUCUAUGCUACUAGUAACUAGUUCCCCCGGAGUGUAAUCUAAAUAAAAGUAUACAACCACAGAAUACAACUCCGGUCGUUAUCGAUAACCGCACAGCUUCCUUGAACGUUAUCUCUGUAGCGUUGAUGCGUUAUCGGAUACCUUAGCUCGCGCGCUCGUGAAUCGUGAUUAAAAAUAAAAAUAACAAGUAACAACACGACUGCAGUAAAGCAGUACAACAACAACCCUACAACAAUUUAACAACAGUCAACAGACGGUGACAUUUCUUCGGGGACUCGGAAACUCGGAAAGUCUAACCCCAAUUUAACAUUAAUGACGUGCUCGGUUGACACGUCACGCUGCUUUUGCUGCAGUCGUCGGUAGCCGUUGUCCGUUGAUCGAACAUGGAAAUCCCGGAUGUUACGAACGAUUCUCCGCCGCCUCAGACGGCCGAGAACAGUGAUCGCGGUGACAGCAACCAUGUGGUGGUAGAUGAUGACGGGGAGGAAGAUGAAAGUUGCGCGCCAAGCGUAGACCAACUGAAAGUCAUUGAAGGAUACCAACUGAAAACAACCACGGAAGACCAACUAAAAGCAAUCGGUAAAGACCAACUGGAAGUACUCGGCGAAGACCAACUGAAAGUACUCGGCGAUGUUGUUCGACAGCAACGGGACGAGCUUGACUACUAUCAGCGGCAGCUGGCCAUCAACGAGCACAAGUACCUGACGGACGUCAGCGAUUUGCGAUCGCAGUUGCAGUCUUCAAAGAAGAUGUACGAUACAGCUAAGCACGAAAAGGAAGCAGCUUUCAUGCGAUACGUGCUCAAAGAAAAGGAAAUACUGGACCUGAGCACCGAAAAAAAAAAAUUGAUAGACAGUCUAAAGGACAGGGACAAGCAGAUUGCACGGUUGAAAGUCAACUCCAAAGAUGUGGCCAGUUGUACGGGCGUAAUAGAAACAAAAAACAGAGAGAUCAAGGAAUACAAGACUAUAAUUGACUUGCUCAAAGAUGAGAAGUCAAAGAUUUCAAAAGACUUAGAAUUCUGGAAGACUAAGUAUGAACAUGAGUCAAAGUGUUCGCACGAAACAGAAAGUAAAUUAUUGUGCGAAGUUCAAGAACUGCAGAAUAGAUUAGAAUCGUUGACCAAACAAAAUGAAUCGUUUAAUGAAGAGAGUAAUUUAGAAAAGAUUAUACUGAACAGUAAAUUGUAUUUGGAUUUGAAGGAAUGUUUAGAGCAACAACUUCAAGAGGUGAACAUAUUAAAAAGUGUUAUCGAAGACCUGAACAAUAAACUAACCAAAAUCACUUGUACUGUUAACUCUCUGGAAAAUGAAAAUAUUGACCUUAAAACUUAUAUGGAAAGUUGUGAAAUGAAAACCAAUGAAUUGCUUGUGUUUACAGAAAGUUUGAGUUCGCGCAAUGCAUCACUGCAGUCGGAAUGCCUAAAUUUACAAACUGCUUUGGACCGAUUAAAAAGCAACUGUGAUAUUUUAAAACAAAAAAACAAUGAUCUCAAGAUUGCUUUCCGAACACUAGAGGAUAGCGUAGCAAAAGAAAAAGAGCUUUAUGACCGCGACAAAAAAGAACUGGCCAGUCAUUUGGCGCAUAAAAUGCAAAUGAUUGCUGACUUGAAAACCACAUUGGAGCGCACCCAAGAUGAUUUGCAUGUUUCUAAACGAAAGUUUAAAACUACCGUGGCCGAGCUGACCAAAGAGUUACAGAAAAAAAACAUUGUUGACACUUCUGUUGAAAUGAAAAUGGUAUUGGACAAGAUGGUCAAAUUGCAGCAAGAAAAUGCCAGGAUAUGCGAAAAGCUAGAUUUUGUUGAAGACCACAACAAGCAUUUGGUGUGCGAGCUAAAGAAAAAAAGUAGUUAUAUGCUAAAACAUAGUUUACCUGGCAGCAAAAAUGGCCCUAGUCUGAGCGAACAGAAACCAGAACGUUACUGACAAUGCAUGGACUAUCGGCAGUCGACCUAAACACAUUAUCACUGUAUUAAUUUAUUUAUUG